GUACUCUUGCCUUGGUUGUGCAUGUAAGGGGCUGGACGUGUAGUCACACACAACCCCCCACCAAACAUACGGCAACAGCGUGCCAGUUUGGCCUCCUCCCUCUAUUACCCUCCCUUUUCCCUUUCUGUCUCUCUGUCUUGUUUCUCCCAGGCACAGAGAAAAGAUUUCCUCCCUCACUCCGACUGAGCCUCUCACGCCCAACAGCUCCAGAUACACAACACUUGUUAACCCCCCGGCCUCAUCCUCCCCUCAUAUGUUCUCCAUGUCGACUCUAUGAAUCUCCUUCAUCACUCUCCAUUGGUUCCUUCAAAUUUCCCCAUGAAAAUGCCUUCAUAUGGUUGUGCAGAGUCCACACCCUUGCUUAUAUCAUGUGUUAUCAUUCAAUGCUGGUUUUUACAUGGCUAUCAUUAAUGCAUUCUGCCAAGUCCUAUUCUAAUGCUACAUCAUUCCACCACUAGCUGAGCCUUCAGGAUAUUGGCCUUCUACUUUUUCUCCACUCUUUAGCUUUUUUAUGCAUUUGGCUAGAUAGCCAUAUUAUUUUCACCCACGUUAACAUCAAUUCACAACUGCCACAUCAAGAAGUCAGCCUUUUUCAAAUUGCUUUUUUCUUCACACCCCUCCCUCCGCCAUGUGGUCCACCUUCAUCGUGCAGGAUGAGGAGAGCAGGCCAUCGGCUGCAUCUGGCGGAGGUGCCGGAACACUGACAGGAAUGAUGGGUGUGCGUACUGGAGGGGGCAAACGGCGGACUAGAGCAUCCUCCCCUUCAGGCAAUGCCCUAAGUGAGAGUCAGGAGGGCAAGAUCAAGUUCGCCUUCUUUGUAGCCGCAGUGGGCAUCACAUUGACUGUGCUAGGGGUGGGCACCGAAUUCUGGGUGGAGCUUGCACCAUCCAAGGGCUUUCACAACAAUCAGACAUGCCUGGCGGCGCACCAUGGCCUGUGGAAAAGCUGUACCAAGAUGCUCUGGGUUGCCGAUGUCGAUCCAGAGCGAGAAAGCUGCGGGCCUUUGGAUCUACCUGGAGAAUCAAACUGUACCUUCUUCAAGUUCUACACCACUGGAGAGAACACGGUCCUGUUUCAGAAAACACCAGCCAAGAAUUUGACGGUGAUGUCAGCAAUGCUGGCUAUCUUCGGUCUUUUCCUAAUGCUGAUGGGAGCUGUUUGCAUCAUCAUGGCAAUAAGCAAAGGCGUGCAGUUCUUCCUAAAGCCAGCCUCAGUCUGUUUUACAUUAUCAGGUGUCCUUGUUUUCCUAUCGCUCAUCGUUUUCCACCAGUCGGUUCUUUCAUUUUUGGCAAGCGACCACACCAUACCUUUGCACUACGAACUGUCAUGGUCUGUGACAUGUGUGGGGUGUGCAGGAGCCAUGCUUGUAGUUGCGGGAGCUUCAUUCCUUCUCCUUGCUCUUCCAUACAGUCCUUGGGAGAAGUGUCCGCCUUGCAGGAACAAUGACAGCUAGUGACAUGGAGGAAGAUCUCUUUUGUAAGCUUUGUUUUAUAUGGCAUAGUAACUGUUAAAUAGACACAUUCACCUUUCAGUGCAGUACAUUUUGGCAUUUGCUUGCUGGUUAAAACUGAUAAUAUAAAAAUAAUACCGUACAGUUUAAAGUCAACCCUGACUGUUAGGACUUUUAUGCCUUAAAACAGUGUCCAGUGACCAUUUAAAUAUGGAUGUAUAAAUUAAAUGGAAAUGUUUGUUUAUAAUAAAAACAAAUAAACAACUAGGCAAAGUCCGCCUCCUUGUUAGCCACCAUGUUGCACUGAAAUGAUGCUAUUUAAUUGCAUUCGACUGAGUCCUAGACACAAUACAAGGUUUUCUUUUGGAUAAAGACAUGCUUAAAGUUGGUAAGAAUGAAGACUAAAUUUGAGUUAAAUUAGACAUUUAGCUAACUGUUCACUCACUCACUGGACAAGAUGUAGCACAACCAUUUGAUGAUGUAAUUCCUGUGGCAAUGACAUUUGUCUAUUUUUAAUAUAUGAAGCUUAUACUUUAAUAGUAUUGAAUAUCUACACCAUAUUGAAGCUUAACAGUCAGGGUUCUAUGUAAUAUGUUGUAACAGUGCAGUAAAUGCAAACAACCCCCCACAGAUUGUACAUUAAUACUGGUUUCAUAAGUCUUCCAUCCCAAACUGUUGCCUCUGGCAGUGUACCAAUGAAGUGUGCUAAGAUUAGAUGGUGUAGGAUUUAGUUGAUUUCUUCUUUCCUUUUAGCUUGCACCCCCACCCAGAAAACGAGAUAUAGCUUCCUGAUCUUCACCUCAUUUCACAGUGAAAAAAAAGGUUUUACAACAUUAGAUAUCUUUCCAAACUAAGUCUAAGGUAUAGAUCUAUUAUCGUGUGACCCAGCACAAGUUAAAAACAGGGUGCUUAUAGGGUGUCUUGACCAGAGACUUGCUAAUCCCCAAUCAGCAGUUAAAAAUAUCCUCACAACUUCUCAAGUACCAGGCUAGGGAAGCAGACCAAAAAAGAAGCAGACUGCAUUAAAAGUUCAGCCUAACAGAUUUAUGUAACGUCAGGUUAUCAGAAGAUUUAGUCUGCUAAAAGUGAAAGAGUGUUGGGAGAUUUUUAGACAUAAUGUAUGCUAAUAAUAUCCAAAAUAUAUUCAAAAAUAUUCAAAAGCCCAUAGCAUAGUUAAAACUGUAGAGGGAGAAUGUGAUCAAUCCACCGUUGAGUAUAUGAGUUAAACUGUAUGUGCCCUUGAUUUUUUUAAUGUCGCACAGAUUAUAAGCAACAGUGUUGCCAUAUUUUAGCCCUGGAUCUCUGUAGUGAAAAGAUUCAAUUUUCAGUAGAAAAGGCAAUUAUGAUGCCAGUAUGAAGUGCAACUAUACCUCUGUUGCAAAUACAAUACAUGAAAAUAGAACAUGUUUAAUAGCAUGUUAAAUAAUGUUAUACAACUUUGCUGAGUGGUGAAAAAAAACUAUAGUCUGUCCAAAUUUUAAACUCAAGCUAACAUUUUUGACUCACUGGAUCGUCACUUUUUGCUGAGGAGGUUGGUUGAGUACAAGACACCAAAGGGACUGAAUUACCUAAACAAAUA